AUGAAACAAAAUUUGGAGAUAGAUGGCUUGUUUCAGACCCUUUUGGAUGUGGAAGUCUCUCUGCAUCUCUCAAACAGGUUUUGUAUUGAAAUCGAGUACAACUUCAAGGUCAGCCUGAUAAAUUCUGGUGUAUCUUUGUCUAUCCCAGCUCUUGCCGAAGAACUAGAGAAGCUCAGUGGCAAUACCUUAUUCAGGCAAAAACUGGAAGGACAAGAAAUCCCCAUGGAGGGUCACCCUUUUACCUGGGGUAACAACAGACUAGAUCAUCAUCUUCUUGUGCUGAAAACUGGUAGCCCACAGCCUUUUAAGAAGAAAUUAUUUUCUUUUGAUAAACGAUGGCUGAAACAACCUGGGGUUAGAGAGGAAGUACCAAAGGUUUGGAACUUGCCUGUUCAAGGAAAUUGGUAUCAGUGGAAGCUUUUGAAACAGCAAUUGGAUGAAGCUUACAAGCGAAAGUUCAAUGCCAUUACCAGACUUGUCAAAGAUGAUCACACAUUUUGCGAAUCCAAAGAGGAAUUAACUGAUUGCCUGGCUGAUUUUUAUCAUCAUCUAUUCACUUCAGAAGGAUCAACAGAUGAAGGACACCUGCUCGAUUUCAUCCCCUCAACAAUCACUGCUGAUCAUAACAGGAAUCUAGUGGCAAAAGUGACUGAAGACGAAGAUGGGAUGGUCAGAAUCCAAAUGGCUUUAAAACUCGACAUGACCAAAGCAUUUGACCAGAUUGAGUGGAGCAGCAUUAGGAAGAUAAUGGAUAAAAUGGUUUUGAUAGCAUUUUCAUUAACUGGCCACUUGUUCUUUGCCGACGAUUCAUUACUAUUUUGUCAAGCAUCUGUGGAAUCUGCACUCCUCAUUUUGGACAUGCUUAGCAAAUACAAAAUUUGUUCUACACUGAAUGGAAUUUCCCGGCACACCUCCUCCAAAUAUCUGGGUCUACCCCUUGGCAUCGGGAAAUCCAAAAAACAAACUUUCAGCUAUGUUGUUGAGGCAGUGAAGGGCAGACUUUGCAAUUGGAAAAAGCAUUUUUUAUCUGGAGCGGGCAAAGAAGUCUUAGUCAAAUCUGUUCUUUGCGCACUUCCUGUUUUAACCAUGUCAUGUUUUUUCUUAUCAGUAGGCAUCUGCAAGGAGCUCUCUCAAUUGUUUUCUCAUUUCUGGUGGAAAUUUACUGGCAGCUCAUCCUCGGGGAUCCACUGGAAAGCUUGGCACCUGCUCACACUUCCAAAAGCUGCAGGAGCACUUAUCCUCAAACAAAUUUGGCGAUGUUAUAAUGGAAUUCUCCCGGUGGCUGAAAUUUUGAUCAAGCGAGGUGUUAAAGUAGACCCUAUAUAUAUGGCUUGUGGAGAAAAGUUGGAAACUGCCGAGAAGGUUCGAAACCUAUGGAUCUUCCAAAAAAUUUGGAUUCCAGAGCAGCUCAUUGUCGAGAAGGCGGGGUUAGCGGCUGUUAGUUUGGCACUGAGUCAUGCUGGUUUUCUUAGAUUUUUUGUAUCUAGGCUGCAUUUGCUGUCCUCUGAACCAUAG